AUGCCGAGUCUGACAGAGUCGCUGACGUGGGCGGCUGCCCUAGACAGGUUCUUACGUGGCUCGCAGUCUGUAGCUUCGGUGCCUGGUGGUGACGACAUCGCAUGGCAGCAGUUCUCGGGCAAGAAUCUCAGCUGUAGGGUGGUCUUCUCACAGCCCAGCCCCGAUGCGUCGAACAAAGCUGAGAGCGGGGAGGCUGGGAGCAGCUCUGCAGCAUCUUGGAAGCUGUCGAGUGACCGUCAACUGCGCAUCACUGUGGAAUGCGGGUCGACAAAGACGAGCGACGACCAAUCUGAAGCACGAAGCGUUGCGCCUUCGACUUGCGUUGAGCGCGUCGAGCCAGAGGAUGUGGACCUAGUGAGCGUGAACAGGACUUACUACCACACAGACCAUCGCCUGGGUGCUGUCGAAACAGCGCAUCGGGGUAUGGUGAUCGGUAUCCGCUAUCUCGACCAGCUGGAUGCAUCCAAGCUCCACUUCUCACGAGAGGAGGACAAAGCGUUCUUUCUUGGUCUCAUUGAGCCGGAGAGCACCAUUCGUGCGCCUCCUAUGCCCUCGGCGAAGCUUGCUGCGCCCACAAGCUCUGCGACGCCUACGCAAGCGCCGACAUCAGAGCGGAAGGACGAGAGUCAGUCUCAAAGCGGAAGCCUCCUGCAGCGGCUAGUAGAGACGAAGACGUUGCCGGCGGCCCCGAGCAUCAAUGCUGGCGAAGAUAUUAAACUUGGUGGGCCCUCAAUCAGCUUGCUCGUGGGGACUGCUGUCGAUCUCGCUCCCCACGACGUCGCAUACGGCUGGCAAAGUCAGGAGAGCCCACAAGCUUGGCGCUGCUUUUCCUGCGGCAGCUCCGACAUGACCACGCCUGGCACGCAAACGGCUCAUACGGAGCAGACACUUGUGGCUACCGACUGCACCGACGAGGACGCAGGAUACGAAGGCUGGCCCUGCCCGAGCGCGGUCGACUGCAUCGUGGCGGAUGUUCGCAGACUCUGCCUGCCCAAUCCAGCUCUGGUCGACUUGGUAGAUCGAUGCAUUGAGGACGUCUUGUCUGGCUGCAGUCUUGAUCAGAGCCAAGCCGAAGAAGUGCCGCCCAAGACGCAGGCAGACACUCCCAUUCGCACCCUAGCAAUCCCUCGUCGCCGUCGUCGAGACGCCCUAGCGCCCCUUUCACCGUCGCCUGCGCUGCACCGACUCGAACCAGCAGCGACGUCGGGCAAGUCGAGCAAGCCCACACCCGUUCAUCUCGCCUCCUGUGGUGACCAGCACCGACACAUCUACGCGCCUCGUCUCGCACCGCAACCACGUCACGCGACGUCGUCCCUUUCAUCGCUUCGCAACAUCGGUGGAAGUCUCGGGUCUACCUCUGCAUCGAUCUGGCAUACUCUCCACACUUCCAUCAUGGGGAGGCCUCAGCGCGCCGCAGCGGCGGGGCCUAGCCGACGCAGCAACCGCGCAGCGGCCACGCUCAAGAACGAGCGCAUCACUCGCAGCAGCCGCGCCAAAAACAGCUAUGCCCUAGACGAUCCCGAGCAGGUGGAGCGCGAUCUCAACGCACAGCUCAAGCGCAUGGGGCUGUAUGCCGCCAACACGACAGGCGACGGCAACUGCCUCUUCAGGGCUCUCUCCGACCAGCUCUACGGCUACCCAGGCCGACACGCAGAGCUGCGUCAAGAGACGUGCGACCACCUCGCCGAGCGGCCAGACAAGUUUGCCGGUUUUGUGGACGACAAGCCCUUCGAAGAGUACGUCCGCCUCAUGCGAGAGAACGGAACUUACGGCGGUCACCUCGAACUACACGCCUUUGCGCAGAUGAAGCAGAAGCAGAUCAAGAUCGUGCAGCCGGGACUCGUAUACGUGGUCGAGGGCGUCGACGAUUCGCCCGAGGCGCUACGCGCGCGUGAAGCCAAGGAGCAGGAGCGACUUCGGGUGCAAAACACCAUCGAAGCAGGCACAGACGCUGGUCCGCUCACGGAGCGUCAACGGCGUCGGCAGAAGCGCGAGGAGAUCAAGCGCGAAAAGGUGUCCAAAGCCGAUGGCGCAGAUCCAUCUGCCUCCACGCCUUCGCCCAAUGCCGCUCAGACAGGGACAACGACGGAAGCAGAAGACGCGACUUCCAGCCAGGCGACCGCGUCCACAUCUACGUCAUCACAAGAAGCGAGCACCUCGGCGCCCCAACAACCGCCGGAGGCGUACGGCCCACUUUACAUUGCCUAUCACAAUUGGGAGCACUACAGCUCCAUCCGAAAUCUCGACGGGCCGCAUUCCGGCCUCCCGCGCAUCAAAGAGCAGAUCGCGGCAGCUGCGGCGGCGUCCGACGCGGACAGCAGAAGCACAGUCAAGGACGACGCCGAGCCGACGACCGAGGAAAAGAUGGUGCUGCAGAGCAUCAGCGGAGACCACGACCUGCAAGAGGUGCGUCGGCUGCUGCGCGAGAAUCUGAAUGACUGGGCGCAUGUGGUGGAACUGCUGGUGGAGAAGGACACCAUCAUUGACGAGGAGGAGGUCGGAGCAGAGCUGCAGGCGGUGUCAUCGCCGGGCGAGGCAUCGUCGACCACGGCGGAACGAUCCACAUUGGCGGCUCCAACCCCCCUUCCGGACCACAUGCGACGGUGGCGUGCCACAUCGCCUUCGUCGGUGGACACGUCGGCGACGCACAGCAGUGGUGAAGGCGACUCACCCUCGACGACAGCCACCACGGACGAUGGGGGCGACACGACGGCAUGUGCGUCUCCGGAGGCGUCGAGUGGAUCGCGGGGCAGCACGCCGGGCGUCGAGAGGCUGAGCAGCAAGCGCGCUGCGUCGUCGGAUGCGAUGACGAUGAGCAUGAUCCGCAGUCCGAAGCGACGCUCGCAAAGCCGAUCGCCCGACAUCAAUGCUCUACCGGACUCGCAGCCCGACGAAGAGGGCGAUGGUUUGGCCGCGGAAGCGAUAGGCACAAGCACGACAGCCGAGGACGAGGCGCAGGAGGGCGAGACCGUGUACGAGAUCAUCAAGCGCGGCCGCGGGCGUCCGCGCAAGGACGGCCUGCCGAACAAGUCGAGCGUUGCGGUCAAGCGGCGUGUGCCUACGGCGCGCGAGAAGCGCGAUGCGGCGCAGGCUCGCAAGCGCGAGCGUCAGCUCGAGAAGGUCGGCCGUGCGCGCGCACGCGUGACUGGCGACGAGCCGGCAAGUUCCAGCCCGCGUCCUUCGCCCGCCGAGGUGUGCGGAUUCCGCGAACUCAAGAUCUAA